CUCCAACGAAGGUUCCUCUUCUCCCCUUCACGGGUAUCACAAGCUCUAGACAAAAUACCAACUCCAAGCUCGUCAUAAAGGAAAGCCGAAGGCGCAACCAUCACAAGAACCGCCGAUCGUCCACACCAGACCAGUUCCUCAAGCACACGCAACCAUACGCACACAUACCUACACAAUGGUACAUACCAAGGGACCCGCCCCGCAGCACCACGAUGGCAGUGGCCUGCGCAUCGGCAUCAUCCACGCCCGCUGGAACGACACCAUCAUUGAGCCGUUGCUCGCGGGAACCAAGGCCAAGUUGCUUGACUGCGGCGUCAAGGAGUCCAACAUUGUGGUCCAGUCGGUUCCUGGUUCGUGGGAGCUUCCAAUUGCUGUCCAACGGCUCUACUCAGCAUCGCAAGUCCAGUCCUCCUCGUCCGGUAUCGGCACCAGCGCCGGCGAUCUCCUGGGCAGCUCGACGACCGACCUCGCCUCUUUGAGCAAUACCGCUGCAUCUGCGGUGUCGACAGGCCCCUUCGACGCCCUGAUCGCCAUUGGCGUGCUGAUCAAGGGCGAGACGAUGCACUUCGAGUACAUUGCCGACACGGUGUCGCAGGGCCUGAUGCGCGUGUCGCUCGACACGGGCGUGCCCGUCAUUUUCGGUGUCCUUACCGUGCUCACCGAGGAGCAGGCGCAGGCGAGGGCCGGCCUCAUCCCUGGAAGCCAUAACCAUGGUGAGGACUGGGGUCUUGCUGCUGUUGAGAUGGCUGUCAAGCGCAAGGAUUGGGCUGCCGGCAAAAUUGAGUAACGGUCGAUCAUGUGGGUUGGGACGAGGAUCACGAAGAGGAGACAUAUAACCAAUAUAGAAACGCUUACAGUUUCAUAAGCUUCACAUCAAGAGAGAAAUAUCAU